GCGACUGGAUGUUGUACGUAAAAGAGGUUGCUCUCCGGAAAAAGGGAAUUCUUACUCGUUGAACAUCCCCUUUUCAACUUCUAAAUGUGAGUACACGAUGGAGCAGCACUCGAUGUCCUUCCGUAAGCCCGUGAGAAGGGACUAGAGUGGAACCAAGCCGCGAAAUACGUCUUAAAUAAGACUGGGUGGCACACCUGGUAACAACAUGAGCAAACCAUGUGGCGGUAGCAGUAGUGGCAGUGGGGGUUGCCAAGGUGGGGGGGUACGCACUAGGACAUAUCCCUCAGUGAGCUCAAUGGAGCGUGGUGGAGGAGGCGUUACGGGCAGUGGUAGCAGUUCCGCCUCUGGAUUCCCUCGGAUGUCCCUCAGAUCUCUCUUGCUCAACAGUCCUUUCUCCAUCCGCACAAGGUCCAAAAGGGUCCGCACUCCAACCUCCUCUCAUAAAUUGACCAUAGAACCAGAACGAGAUGCAGAUUCUUUGGGAGUCUUCACAGAGGGAACUGGGGAAACCACAAGCUGGAGUUCUAUCAAGCGGCAUACAACCACUAGUAACAGGAGUCGCAUUGGAAGUCGAAGGGGCUCCGUGGGAUCCCGGGGAACAGCAAGGGCAGAAUCAUGCUCAUCAGAACCAGGAGCUACAGCAAGCAGCUGUGGCAAUGUCUCAGGGGGUGCAGGAGCUGGUGCAGGUACAGGGAGUACCUCUGUAGAAGGCUCAUCAGAGGGAGUGCGGCGUGAAUGCUCCUUGUGUCUCCAAGAGGUGUCGGCUGAUCUCUUCCCGACCCUUUUUUCAUGCCCACACUCUGCUUGUCUUCCCUGUUUAAAACAAUAUUUGAAAGUAGAGAUUACAGAAUCGAGAGUUAACAUUAGCUGUCCGCAGUGCAACGAACUCAUGCAUCCCACAGAUAUUCAUCAGAUUGUUGCAAAUGAUUUGCUAUCAGACAAGUUUGAAGACUUCAUGUUGCGCAGGGUGCUAUCCAUGGACCCAGACACACGGUGGUGUCCUGCCCCAGACUGUGGGUUUGCAGUAAUUGCAACAGGAUGUGCUGGAUGUCCAAAGCUGAAAUGCGAGCGUCCUGGCUGCGGAAGCUAUUUUUGCUACCACUGUAAGGCUGAAUGGCACCCUAACCAGACCUGUGAUAUGGCUCGAGCUCAACGUUCACCCAAUGUUCUCCUCUCAUCAUUCAAUUACCUUCAUGACAUUCAGACAAAUGACGAUGUCAAAUCAUGCCCAAGAUGCCAAGUGUUGAUUAUGAAGAUGGAUGACGGUUCCUGCAACCACAUAACAUGCAGUGUGUGCGGAGCAGAAUUCUGCUGGCUGUGCAUGAAAGAAAUUUCUGACUUGCAUUACCUAAGCCCAUCAGGGUGUACCUUCUGGGGCAAGAAACCAUGGACAAGGAAGAAAAAGAUCUUGUGGCAGCUUGGAACACUAAUCGGGGCUCCACUUGGCAUAGGGCUUGUUGCAGGCCUAGCUGUCCCUGCUAUGAUUAUCGGGAUCCCCAUAUGGGUUGGACGCAAAUUGCACGCGCGAUACUCUAAUGGUAGCAGGCAUCGUCGAAAUUUGGCUGUAGUUGGUGGUGUGACUGCUUCAGCUGUAAUAUCACCAGUGCUUGCAGGAUUAGCAGUGAGCAUAGGUGUGCCAAUUUUAUUGGCGUAUGUGUAUGGUGUUGUCCCAAUAUCUUUGUGCCGUUCAGGAGGCUGUGGUGUUACAACUUCAGCCUCUGGUGUUAGAAUUGCUUUUGAUGAUGAAAAUGACAUGGUAUUUGGAUUACCUGGAAGACAAUCAGAAUCAAGCCAUGUGGGAGGUGGAACAGCCAGCAUUGGGGAGAUGUCUUGUGGGGCAUCACUCUCUGCGGAUUCUGCUGCACAUGUCUUAGCAGAAAGUGACCGUGAGUCUGCCAGCAACACAGCCAUUGCCCCAGCAUCCUUGACAGGCUCUAUAGCUUCCUCAUGCAUCUCUAGAACAAACAGAUUGGAAGUUCAUGUAGAUAUUGCACAUGGUGCUCGUUCAAUCGCCAGUGGGGAAACUGCUUCAUUAGCAAUAUCAGAGAGAUCAACCCACACAAUGGACACAGACAAUGCAUCAACCCGGGCUUUAACUGGUUCUCUUUUGCAGUACAAGGUAUCAGAGAGCGAGGCUGAGGAAGAAGCAGGAGCAGGAGGGGACAGUGCCAGCAGGGUGUUAGAGGACGGGGUCGGUGUAAACCCUCACAUUACCAGCCUAUACAUCCACUCCAUUCCACCCUCGGCAAGUGAUAACAACUCGGCUGUCUUGACCCAUGAUGCCAGUAGUGACCAAGGUGCCACAGACUUACGACUAGAUAGUGUAAGUGCAAUAAUCACUGCCAGACAGUUUGCUCGGCGCCACAGUUCCUCAAGCAAGGGAGUGACCUUUCUAGGAGACAGCUGCGAGGCCAGUGACCAUGUCGCUCUCACUUUGGAUGAUGAUGACGAGCAUGAGAAUGGGUCAGACAGUCUCUUUGGUAAUGAGGAGAUUCCUGGAAAUUGUCCAAAUAUCACUCCUAUGGUGGAUCUGCAAAAUGAAAGUGAGAGGGCAGUUACACACAAAAACCCAGGAGGAAGGUUGUUGCAUAAAAAUGUUUUGUUCAGCAAUAGCACCUCUACCUUGCCAUUAGUCCAUGAAAGCCAGAGAAAAAAGAAGAGCAAAGGAGAGAGCAGCAAGCGUCGAGCAUCCAGUGCAGAAGGCAAAGUGCGGAAUUCCAGUAAACCAGUGCGAUGCGAGUCCUUCCCCAAGCUGGAGAGCCAGUGAGUCUGUGAUAAUCGCAUCUUCCUUUAUAUUCACUGAUGGGUAAGAUAAGGACAUAUUAAAAAUCUUCAGUGUGAUAUCCCAAUUGGGAAGCUUUACAUUUAGUAUGUUUAAGCACAAAGAAAAUAUAUUGAAACUAGUUUAUUGUAUUUGGAGACGCAACAGGUCUGCAUUAUUUUAAUUGACAUUUUGGGUACCAACUCUUGGUUCAUAAAAUCUCUGCAGGAGGUGGAGUUAUAUAUUAGUAAAGCAUGGUCACUUUUUCUAUGUUGUUAUUAUUUUGGUCAAAUUAGCCAUGUUGAAAGAAAUUGGUAUUUUCUUGCAAAUAUGUUCAUGAGAAAAUUAUGAAUCUUUUAAGAUUAGAAAUAAAUUCUGGGAUGUUUCUCCUUUCCUCCCUCUCCUUCCUCCUUCCGCUUUCCCCCCUCCUUCUUCUCCUCUCCUCUCCUCACUCUUCCUGCCAUUCUCCUCUCUCCCCUCUGCUUUCUCUAUCCUCCCUUGUCUCCAUCCCCAUCUUUUUCCUUUGCUUCAUUACACAUACUUUGUCUUUGGUAAGCUUCCAUUUGUAACUGUAUGGAUGAAAUUCUUUUUGUGUUCCAUGGAGCUUUCUGUGCUGAAAAAAGUAUUUACUAACAUAGAAUUCAUGUCUAUUUGAAUGAAGAUGAUUACAAUGUUAUAAAUGUGUUUAGUGUAUAUUGGCUAUCCUUUUUCUUUUCUUUCUUUCUUUUUUUGUAUCCCCUUUUCUUCAUCAUGGGUUUUAAUUAAGGUGCAUAUUUUGAAGAAGAUGGUGAUAAGUGCAGGUUCCUGAGUUUCUCAAUAUAACAACUUGUCAGCAUAAGCAAGUGUAGUGUGAGGAGCAUUCCAGAAUUUGGCCGUGCUUUACUCCAAUAAAACAUUCCAGCCUCAGUGUUAUUGUGGAUGUAGAUACUGUACAGUUUAUUAAUAGCGCUGGCAAAUAUUUGUACCUUUCUAGUCGUUGCAGAAUCAUGAAGCUGUGGACUUUGUGUUUAUACCGUAGUGUAAUGAUAGACAGUGGAUGUUGCAAGUGUACUUUUUUUGCACUUGAUUCAUGGAAUUUUCUUAGAUGUAUUUGAAUAUGAGGUUUUGUGAUUAAAGCAGAAAAUGCUUCAAAAUUAUUGCUCCUUAUAGGCACAAGGAAACUGUCCAUAGCAUUACAGUGGAUCAUUUAUCUUUUAUAAAUGUUUUUGUAAAGCAAAAUGCCUUGCUUUUUAAAGUUUGGAAGUAAGCAUAUGGGUAUACUGAUGUGAGUUGCAGCUGCUUUCCAUCUAAUUAGUUGCAACAAGAAUUACUUCUCCUAUGUGCAUUAUCUGCAUGGAAGUGCCACACAACUUACAACUGCAUUCACUCUUUACAGAAGAGAAAGGGUGUUUUAUGCAGGUAAAGAAACAAACACAGAUUUGAUGUCUGUUGUUGAUUUUUUUUUCUUUUUAUCUAUAUGAAUAAAUGUAUAAUAUAUGUAUAUUAACAUAAUGAACAACAUUCUUAGUAUAAAUUAAAGAUAUCAUUUUUAUUUACCCUUUCCUUUAUGAAACGUAAGUGUAUGAUAAACUAGUAUGAAAGACAAACAUACUGAAUAACAGAUGUGUAUGCACAGAUACAGAUGCUCCUAAACAGAAUCACUUAUAUUUACAAGCCCUCAUUCAGCUCAGGCCUCAUCUCCCAUCUUUCAGCUCAUUUGAAUGCAAUCAUUAUUUAUAUAAUAACAGACUUAUUGAUCAAUGUAGGUACAAUUGCAUCAUGAUACAUCCUAACCUCUUAGAGCAUUGAGGUGUACUCUGCUCUCACAAUACACUUGUAGAAUAAACACAAGUUGUACAUGUUAUCUUGGAGAAUAUUUAUAGUUUCUUCUGGUUGCAGUCCAUUUUUCCCAAACAGUUACAAGAUGUAACUUAAUAUGGUUAUUAUCCCAUAAGGCUUUUUAUUAGGUGCUAUGCAGACAAGUACCCAGAAACGACCAAGUUCACUUUUUUUUGUAAAAAUGGGUAUAUGCAAAAAAACAAACACAUCGGGAGAAUAAUGAAUGAUGUAUAGAUAAGUCGAGAUAAAAUAGGUAAAUGAAGAAAAAAAAAAAGAUAAAGGAAAAUGCUUUUAAUAAAGUUAACAAAAAUUAUGGCAUAUUUCUUCCAUGCAGGUAAUUGCAUAACAUGGUAAAUGUGUACGUGAUUGUUAUCGUAUACCUAUAGUUAAUGAAAUUAACUGUAAACCUUAAAAAAAAGUGGAAUGAAAAUGUAUUCAGUAACCAGUAAAAUAACUUCAGAAUAUUUGGAAAUCAUUAUCAUUUUGAUGAUGAUGAUGAUGAUUAUUUUCUCUGUGGCUUUACUAAGAUAUUGUUGUUUAUGUUCUUACAAUAACAAGAACCUGUGAAAUUGUCAGUAUUCUUCUAAAGAAAUGUCAGGCAUUAAUAAACCUUUUUCUUCA